AGCAGCUUCGGCACCCUCCCCAAUUCAACUGCUUCCAUCAAUGCCAUAUCCCCUCUCAACUAGUAAUGUAUACAUACACACAUGUGUGUAUGUAUAUAUAUAUACAUAUACACACACGUUUCUGUUAUGAAUAUUAUAAUAUAAAAUACAAUUUAGCUUGAUCAACAAUGGGUAAUAUCUGAAGGGAUUUGUCCGAAUUUUGACUCAAAAGUCAAACCCUUUGUAGUAAUCGACAAGAAAAAAAGAAAAGAUGGUUGGAAGCAUCGAAUCUGCACGAAGCAAACCCUACUCAAACGGGGCCCACAAUGGUUUCGAACAAAAACUAGACGAGCUCCGAAAAUUCAUAGGAAAAUCCGAAGGCGACCUUCUAAAAAUAGUCGGCAUAGGAGCCGGCGCAUGGGGAAGCGUAUUCGCAGCACUACUCCAAGACAGCUAUGGUCAAUUCCGAGAAAAAAUCCAAAUCCGAAUAUGGCGUAGGCCCGGAAAACCACUCGAUAAGCACACAUCAGAGCAUUUAUUCGAAGUGAUAAACUCUCGAGAAGAUGUCUUGCGAAGGCUGAUAAGGAGGUGCGCUUAUCUGAAAUACGUGGAGGCGAGAUUGGGCGAUCGGACACUCUACGCCGACGAGAUUUUAAAAGACGGGUUUUGUCUGAACAUGAUCGACACGCCUCUUUGUCCAAUGAAAGUUGUGACAAACUUGCAGGAAGCUGUUUGGGAUGCGGAUAUUGUGAUAAACGGAUUGCCGUCGACUGAAACUCGAGAGGUUUUUGAGGAGAUUCGAAAGUAUUGGAAGGAGAGGAUUAGUGUACCGGUUAUUAUAUCUUUGGCGAAGGGUAUUGAAGCUGAGCUGGAGCCCUCGCCUCGUAUAAUUACUCCUACGCAAAUGAUUCAUCAAGCAACUGGAGUUCCCAUAGAAAAUAUUCUUUAUCUCGGUGGACCUAAUAUUGCUUCCGAAAUUUACAACAAGGAGUACGCCAAUGCUCGUAUAUGUGGCGCCGAAAAAUGGAGAUUACCACUCGCAAAGUUCUUAAGACAACCUCAAUUCACCGUAUGGGACAACAGUGACAUCAUCACGCACGAAGUUAUGGGAGGCUUGAAAAACGUCUACGCAAUUGGAGCCGGAAUGGUGGCGGCUCUAACUAAUGAAAGUGCGACCGGAAAAUCGGUAUAUUUUGCGCAUUGUACAUCGGAGAUGAUAUUCAUUACACAUUUGUUGACCGAAGAACCGGAGAAGCUUGCGGGCCCUUUGCUUGCGGAUACGUACGUAACUUUAUUGAAAGGCCGUAAUUCUUGGUACGGACAAAUGAUCGCUAAGGGCCAAUUGAGUCUCGAUAUGGGGGAUAGCAUCAGUGGCAAAGGAACUAUUCAGGGAGUGUCUGCGAUCAAAGCGUUUUACGAACUUUUAAGCCAGGCUAGUUUAAAUGUACUUCACCCUGAAGCAAACAAGCCAGUUGCCCCGGUCGAGCUCUGCCCCAUUCUCAAGAUAUUGUAUAAAAUUCUCAUUACAAGGGAACAAGGGCCACAAGCAAUUCUUCAAGCAUUGAGAGACGAAAAUCUAAAUGAUCCGAGGGAUCGAAUCGAGCUAGCACAAACUCAUGCCUUUUACAGGCCUUCACUUCUUGGGCACAAUUCUUGAUUGAAUUAUUACACAUUAUUAUUUUUUUUUUUCUAUAUGCAAUAUUGUUCUUGGUGACAACUGACAAUGUUGGAUGGGAUUUGGGUUUGUUUUAAUAAUUCAUUAAAUUAUUAAAUUUACACUUUUUGGUC